AUGAUGAAUUUUAAUCGAUUAGUAACAACAGCGCGUUUGUUUCGAACGAUUCGACCUAAGUCAUCGAUCUUUCGAUCACGAAAUCUGUCAACUACUCCGAUCAAUCAAUCAUUGUAUAAUCUCUCCGAAGAAGAACAGCUAAUUAAAGAAACAGUGGCUCGGUUCGGUAAGGAACAUGUCGAACCUUACAUCCGUGAAAUGGAAGAAGCUGGUGCAUUUAAACCCGAACUGAUGAAAGCAAUCUUUGAUCAAGGCUGGAUGGGUAUCGAAAUACCUACUCAGUACGGAGGAGGCGGUUCGGAUAUUUUCGGGUGCAUUCUAGCGAUUGAGGAAGCGUCGAAAAUAGAUAGUGCAUUCGGAGGGUUCCUUGAUGUGCAAAAUACUGUUGUAAAUCCAUUUUUUAUUCAACUUGCUAACGAUGAACAAAAAGCUACGUACUUACCUCGAUUAGCGAAAGACUUGCUUAUGGCAGUUGAUGUACCAGUGGAGUAUGGUGGAUCAGGACAAACAUUUUUCUCUUCAGUGCUCGUCAUUGAAGAAAUGUCAAAGAUUGAUCCCAGCGUCGCAAGUUUCUGUUUGACAGAACCAACAUCGGGUAGUGAUGCAUUUGCUUUGAAAACAACAGCAGAGAAACGAGGAGAUUAUUAUGUGUUGAACGGCACGAAAAUGUGGAUAUCCAAUGCAGAGAUCAGCGGAGUUUAUCUUGUCAUGGCAAAUUCAAAUCCCACGGUGAAACAUAAAGGAAUUUCAACAUUCAUUGUCGAUCGCGAUACCGAAGGUUUACGUAUAGGCAAAAGAGAGAAAAAACUUGGUCUAAAAGCAUCGUCCACAUGUAUGGUUCAUUUCGAUGAUUGCAAAAUUCCUGCGAAGAACCUUCUCGGAAAAGAAGGUCAUGGUUAUAAAUACGCUAUUUCUAUGCUUAACGAAGGUCGUAUUGGUAUAGCAGCUCAAAUGGUAGGUGUUAGUCAAGGUGCGUUCGACAAAACCAUACCAUAUACAAAAGAACGUAAACAAUUCGGUCAUCGUAUAUUCGAUUUUCAAGCUAUGCAACAUCAAAUAGCGUUAUUAGCAACGGAAAUCGAAGCUGCUCGACUCUUGACAUACAAUGCUGCUCGCCUACGUGAUGCCAAAUUACCGUUUGUGAAACAAGCAGCUAUGGCUAAGUAUUACGCAUCAGAAUUAGCAGGAAGAGUAACCAGUAAAUGCAUUGAUUUCAUGGGUGGUUUGGGAUUUUCAUGUGAUUAUCCGCAAGAAAAAUUCUUUCGCGAUUGUAAAGUUGGAACUAUCUACGAAGGUACUAGUAACGUUCAACUCAAUACAAUCGCUAAGUUUAUUGACAGCGAAUAUUGA